AUCGCUGCAACUCGUCCAAGUUAAGUUGAUCUUAUUGCAAACUUCUGGAUAAACCACUUUCUCGCUUUCUACAGGAAAUCUUUCGGUGGAGGUCUUGCAGUAAUCGACCAAUCAAAUCCAUCUUUUGUGGAACCAAUCAACAAGCUUCUAAAAACCAUAAUACGUACGAGGUAACCCAGAGAGAAAGAUAUACAGAAUUGAUAUUUGAUAAUUAGUUUUUAAAAAUGAAUAUAAUAAUCGAUACAAAAGGACAGCUAGAUUUAAGGGAUAAAAAUCAAUUAAUAGAAAGUGACGAUGAGGAUCCAGAGAAAUUUGACAACAAUGAAAUAAGACUUUUGGGGAUUAUUGCUAGAGACUUCUUAAAGCAGGAUGAAAACAAGAAGAAUCAGAAGAUAAAAAGAUUUUCUUACAACGAUAUUGAUUUAGACGAGUUUGAGAGAGACAUGGGUUGGAAAAAUGAUAUAAAUCACGUGCCUGAAAAUAGUUUUAAUAUAACAAAAUUAACUAAUGAAAUAGCACCAAUAGAUCAAAUACUUAAGAAAAGCGUUAUAAAACCUGGAUUGGAACAAUUGGAAAGCAUACCAUCUUUGCGGGAAAAUAAAAGACGUGCACAUGCUAAGAAAAUUGCAGAACGAAAUAAAACUAAAGGCAAAGAGUGGUAUAAUUUGCCGGCUACUGAACUUACCGAUGAGGUUAAACACGAUCUCGAGGUUAUUCAAAUGAGAUCUGUAUUAGACCCUAAACACUUUUACAAAAAGAAUGACUUAAAAGUUUUACCUAAAUAUUUCCAAAUUGGUAAAGUAAUAGAUUCUCCUAUAGAUUAUUAUUCUGAUCGUCUUACGAAGAAAGAACGAAAGAAUACCAUUGUGGAAGAACUUAUGGCAGAUGCCGAAUUUGCUAGAUACAAUAAACGCAAAUAUAAAGAAAUAAUUGCGGAAAAGAAUAAAAGACAAUAUAAAGCACAUAAACAUGCUAAACGACUAAAAAAAUAAAACAAGAGAUAAUCUUGAUAAUGUAUUAUAUAUAGAUAUACAUAUAUAUUGUUUUCUA